AGAUCUAAUACGUAUUGUUGUAUGUUAUUGUUGUGUAUUAAACUGGGUUUGAUGUUUGGUUUCUUUUGGAGACACCAGAACAGAACAAGAGCUUCCUGAGUGUCUUUUUACUGAAGAAGAAAAAUCCAUAAAACCUUCUUUUCCUACAGGAUAUGAUGUAAUCUUUACCCACAUGUCCCCUGAGACAGGAUCUAUCUUACCUGGACUUAUUUCUACUGUCUGUUGUAUAGAAGGGAAAACACACACUGAUGUUUCCAGACACGUUCACACACACAGUCUGGAAAACAUUACUGACGUUACUGACGGAUUCGGAGUAAAAUCCUAGAGACGCUCCGGAAUAAUGACAUCACACACUUUCCAAGUCUCAGGGGGAUUAGUGGUUUGUAAGAGGAGAAGGGAAUCAGAAGGUUUCUCCAGAUCUUCUCUCCUCUUACCUUCUGUUUAGAUCUGAAUUAUAUGAACUUUUCUAAAAAUCUGAGAGACCUUUAAAAUUUACAAAAAAAUCUGGAACGGGGCUCUGACCUGUGGAGAGGAAGGAGGGAAUCAGUAGGAGAGAGAGAGAGAGAGACAGACAGACAGACAUACAGACAGACAGAAAGAGACAUAGAGAGAUAGAUACUGUACAUAGAUAUCUGUAGACAGACAUGUACUCUCACACUCUCACAUUGUUGAGAUCAGGGAUCUCCAACCUGUUUUCCUCUGAGAGUUACUUUAAUAAAAUAAAGGUGGUGAAGCUUCUCCUGUCAAAUUAUUAGGAACAUUAAUUUACACAGAUUAUUGUUAUGAACUAAACCACCUGAAUAAACUAUUAUUGUAGGAACUUUAACAGAAGGUUCAGUAUUGAAGAUGAUAUUUUACAGUAAAUCAUUUUAAAUUCAGCAGCAGGUUCAUGUGGAGUGGAGGAAACUGAUCUAACAUAACAGGUUUACUGACGAGACUUAUCACUUCUUAUUGUCAGAUUUCCUUCAUUCACAUGGAUUCUGUUAUUUAUCAGCACAUUGUUCCUGACCGCUCCAUCACACACACCCUGAUGACCUCAACAAGACUGAAAAAGACUCUUUUAGUAAAAAAGGGAAGACUUUGAUACUGAAGGUGAUAUUAAUGUUGAAAACAGAGACCUGACAUUGUAUUGGACUUUAUGGGAUUAAAUAAUAGUAUUUUAUGGCAUUAAUAUUCCUGUGCAGUGUGAAAUAUUAAAGAGUGCUUUACUCUGAAACACCAGCUGCAGUAAUAAGAAAUGUCUACAGCACACUGGUCCUGCAUCGUCCAGCAGCAGGACAGAUUCAUUCACCACUUUUACUUUAGCAGCAUCGUAGCUUCAUUCCUAACUCUGUCCGAUCUCCAGCAGCUUCAGAGUUAAAAGGAUCUGUCAUGUGUUUUCUUCAUCCUUUAUCCAAACUACUGCAGUUUCUGAUUAUAGAUUUAACUUUCUAUAACUCUUCCAUGUCCGGUCUUGGUGCUGUGUGUGUAUGUGUGUGUGUGUGUGUGUGUGUGUGUAACAGUUAAAAAGGCAACAGCAGCUAGUGGAACAGCUUGUACAUCAGGCUGUAGGAGGGACAGAGGAGAACAUCAGAGAAGUGGAGAAGUCACUCAAUCAACUGAAGCAGCAGUACAUCAACACUGGAUAUUUAGAAGAGGUCAAAUUAUUCUGCAUGAAAAUGAGGAAACAGCUGUUGAACAGACGACUGCAACAUGUGGUACAGCUUGUCCAGAAGGUUAAAGAAGGUAAAAAGGACAUCAGUGAAGUGGAGGAGGAGAUCCAUCAGCUGGAGAAGCAUUACAAGAAAACUGAAUAUUCAGACAAGGUCUCAAUUUUCUGCUGUAUGAAGAAGGCACAGCUGUACUGGUAUAAACUACAGUAUGACACACAAUCAAUCACUGAGAGAAAUGAGUUGAACCGUCGACUGCUUCAUGUGCACAAGCUUGUACAGUGGGCUAAAGAAGGGAAAAAGGAGAUGAGUGAUGUGGAGAUGAAGACUGAUCAGCUGAGGCAGCUGUACAUCAACACUAAAUAUUCAGACCAGGUCUCAAAGCUCUGUGAUGUAAAGAAGAAAGAGCUGAAUCCAGACAGAUCUCUGGAAAAUAAAAUAACUAAGGGAAAACUGAAGGAGCAAAUGCUACAAGUGAAACAACGUGUACAUGAGGCUAUAAGAGGAGGGAUAGAGGAGAAGAUCAGUGAAGUGGAGAAGGAGAUCAAUCAGCUGGAGGAGAGGAACAUGACCAUUGAAGAUUUCAGAGAGGUCUCAGAGUUCUGCAUGUUUAUGAAGGCAGAGCUGUUCUGGUACAGAAUACUGCACAGUGACAAUGAACAGCUAAAGACUGAGAACAUAGAGAUUCUGUGGAAGUUAGAGGAGGUGAUGACCAGUUUACAGAAGGUCAGAGAUGGAGAGCAGGAGAGCUACAUUCUGAGCUACAUAGACGUGAGUGAGAUACAGAAAGAUCUGGUGGAGAUUGAAAAUUGGUUUGGAAAGACGAAGAGGGAGAUAAAUGACCUCAUACAUCACUCAUACAGAGGUGGAGCUGUGUGAGACCAACACACACACACACACACACACACACUUUGGGAGUAACAGAAUAAGGAUUAAAAAUGUGAUCUGUUACAUUUAUGUCUAAAAAAAAAGAGGAAUCAGAUUAUUUACUGUUGGUCAGUGCUGUGAAAUGUCCAGCUCUGUGCCCCCUCUUCCUCAGUCUUUUAUUGCGAGUGUUGAUUGUGUCACUGCUCCUGCAGGUCUGUGCUCCAGUUUCAGCUGAAACUCCAAACUUUUCUCUCAAAGGCUUCUGUCAUGUGAUUUUACUGCAAUCUUUUUUCCAUUGAUUUGAUGAAACUAAUCCAUAUUGUGGAGGUACUGAAGAUGUUUUGAAGCUGGAAGGAAAGUGCAGGGGAUAAUAGAGAAGUGAUUUGGUGCUUUUCUUGUUGACUGAAUGAAGAUCUAGACAUAAGAAGGAAAUAAAUGAACAGAUUCAGUGGUUGAUGAUCCGUGCCAUCAGACUAACUCUUGUCAGGAUUAAACUCUGCAGGAUUCCUGAAGUUUCUCCUACCAGAUUUACUCUGAUCUUUCACACAAUUCCCUUCUGUAACACUUGUAGCGGUGUUUUAAGGACUCUUAAAAACUCAGUGAUAACACCAGGAGUGAAAUGAAGACAAAAGGUUUAUUGAAGAAUAAGUUAUUAAUAAUAGAGUCUUCAGGGUGCAGGAGGUAAUGGCAGCGGCCUGAAUACAGGAGAGAGAGGUUAGUGGGGGAUUUCGGAACGUGGCUGAUACUCUCUCAAACAGAGAUACUCACUGGUCAGUUUCAGAGUGAACCCAGAAACGGUAGUGACAGCACACUGGGGCUGAGAACAGAAGAGUGAGUGCUGAGGGAAUCCAAGAUGGCGGACAGAUGAGGACAGACAGUAGAGAGAAGUAUACUGAUGGCUAGGACAACAGAGAGGCAGGCAGAUUCAGGCAUGACAACUUCAUCUCUUCUGACUGGAUUUGCUUCAGAAGAUAAAGACUAAAGCUUUUCUGGAUUUUCUCUUACAGAAACAUUUCUGUGGGGUAAAAAUCUUUCUGCUGCAUGUUUUUAUAUUAAAGGGCAGUGUCACUGUUUUAUAUCUUAUACAGUAACACAAAUAUCUACACAAAUAUCUACACAAACAUAUACAGCAUUUAUAUACACACAGUUACAGCUACACAAACAUAUACAACAUUUAUAUACACACACUUAUAGCUACACAAACAUAUACAACAUUUAUAUACACACACUUAUAGCUACAUAUAUCAUUUACUCUGUAUGUGUUUCUAAAGCCAGAAUAAAUAAAAGUAGUUUAGAUCAUAUCGCAUUUCUCUUUACUUUAUAUACAUGAGACCUUGAAAUAAUCCAACAGUUAUCAAACACACACACACACACACACACACACACACACACACACACAUACACACACACACACACAUACCUAUAAAUAGUGAAGUAAAAAUAAUACAAUGCUGUAAUAUAAAUAGACAGAUAUAUGUUGAAAUUCUUUCUGUAUUGUAUUGGAACCUAAUGAAGAGCGCUCUAGAUGCAGUGUUUCAACAGAGCUGCACUGCUUUUAAGACAUUUCUAUUUAUGUAUUUUUUUCAUCAAAAAAAGCAAUGAAGAUGAAUACAUUGAUUAGUUUUCAGUGUUUUCAGUGUGUUUCCACAGCACUUGUCUGAGAUUGUCCUGACCCUGUCACACUGUUGAUCCAUGGUUAUGAAUUCUCUGGUAAUAUAUGGCUCAUGGUGCACAACUGGGAGAAAUUAUACUGGAAAGAAAUUCAUCAGUUUUUAUUGUGAACAUAUUUAACAAUGGAUUAAAAUGAUUUGAUC